UUAAAAAGCGGAGCCGCCUUCCUAGGCGGGCUGUGGGCAGGUUCGCAGCGCGCACAGGCUCCCCGAGACCAGACGGCACCCCGCAGACAUGGCCAACAAGGGCUUUCCUGACCUGAAGAAGCAAGUGGAGGGGGCGGCCCAGGAAGCUGUAAAUGCAGCGGGAGCAGCAGCAGGAGCAGCGGCUCAGCAGGUGGUGGAUCAAGCCACAGAAGCUGGGCAGAAAGCAAUUAACCAGGUGACCAAGACCACCCAGGAAACCAUCGACAAGACAACUAACCAGGCUGCUGAGAGCUUCUCGGGCUUUGGGAAAAAACUCGGCCUUAUGAAAUAACGGAAGGGAGACGUGGGUGACAGCCCUCCAGGCCACCGCCCCUCGGCUCUGCAAGAGUUCCCAGGGCAAGGCCGCCUCAUUAAAGUCCUCAUUCCAACCU